ACUCUAACCUUCUGGCCAAUCUUGGGCUUAGAGGCGGGGGAUAGAAUAAAUGCAAGAUGAUACAUAUGCGCUUCAGUUCCUCGGAGGAGAAACCGAGGUCGGCUCAGACUUUUGCAGCAAGCAGGAGAGCAUUUUGCAAAGAUGGUUUCCCUGAAGUCUCCGUCCCUGGUGCCGGUGACCCGCGCCGAGGCGCUGCUCGGUCUGGGCUGCCUGGCUGUCGCUCUCCUCGCCUUCCUGCUGGUGCGCCAGCUCGUCAAGCAGAGGAGACCCCCCGGGUUUCCUCCCGGUCCAUCUCCCAUCCCUAUCAUAGGAAACAUUUUUUCCCUUGCCACUGAGCCGCACGUCUUUCUCAAGAGGCAAAGCGAAGUUCACGGGCAGAUUUUCAGUCUUGACCUGGGAGGCAUAAUGACUGUGGUAUUAAACGGCUAUGACUGUGUGAAGGAAUGCCUUUACCAUCAGAGUGAGGUUUUUGCUGAUCGCCCUUCCCUGCCUUUAUUUAAGAAAAUGACCAAAAUGGGUGGUCUUCUAAAUUGUAAAUAUGGAAAAGGCUGGAUUGACCAUCGCAAGCUGGCUUGUAACUCCUUCCGUUACUACGGCAGUAGCCAGCGACUGUUUGAGAGAAGAAUCACAGAGGAGUGCAUGUUCUUUGUUGAUGCAAUUGACAAACACAAGGGAAGACCCUUCAACCCCAAACACCUUGUGACCAACGCCGUGUCAAACAUCACCAAUCUGAUCAUUUUCGGCCAGCGGUUCACCUACGACGACAGUAACUUCCAGCACAUGAUCGAGAUCUUCAGCGAGAACGUGGAGCUGGCGGUCAGCGGCUGGGCUCUCCUCUACAACGCCUUCCCUUGGAUUGAAUAUUUGCCCUUCGGGAAACACCAGAAGCUGUUCCGCAACGCUGCCGAGGUGUAUGACUUCCUGCAGGAGGUUAUAACGGGAUUUUCGCGUGGCAGGGUGCCCAGUGUACCACGGCACUAUGUCGAUGCGUAUUUGGAUGAGUUGGAGCAGAACGCCGGCGAUCCCAGGACUUCUUUUACUUAUGAGAACCUCAUCUAUUCCGUGGGGGAGCUCAUCAUCGCUGGCACAGAGACCACGACCAACACCCUGCGUUGGGCUAUGCUGUACAUGGCCCUCUACCCUAACAUACAAGAGAGGGUGCACAGGGAGAUCGACAGCGUGCUGACCAAUGGGAGGCCACCCGCUCUUGAGGACAAGCACAGGAUGCCCUAUGUGGAGGCCGUUCUGCAUGAAGUCCUUCGCUUCUGCAACAUUGUGCCUCUUGGCAUCUUCCGAGCCACCUCCCAGGAUGCGAAAGUCAACGGCUACACGAUUCCCAAAGGAACCAUGGUGAUCACAAACCUCUACUCAGUGCACUUUGAUGAGAAGUACUGGAACGACCCCGGAGUCUUCUUACCAGAGAGGUUUCUGGACAGCAGUGGCAACUUCAUGAGGCGUGAGGCCUUCCUUCCAUUCUCUCUAGGGAGACGUCAUUGUGUUGGUGAGCAGCUGGCCCGGAUGGAGAUGUUCCUCUUUUUUACCACCUUGCUCCAGAGGUUUCACCUCCAGUUCCCUCCAGGAAGCGUUCCGACUGUAACUCCCAAACUUGGAAUGACCCUGCAGCCCAAACCUUACUCGAUCUGUGCCGUGCGCAGGCAACAGAAGUUUCACUGCUCUGAAGACACUCCUUAUCACUAGUCGGUUCGCCCCCCCGGCUGCAGUGGACCGGCACGGCCUGUGCGUGUCAGUCUUUCAAAAGAACUCUGGGUGAUCCAGAUGCCCCUCCACAUCUGAACACAACAGAUUUUUUUUUUUUAAUGAGCAUAUAUGCAUGUUUGCAUAUGCAAUACUUUUAAACAGCAGGCGAGGCAACAGGUGCUGAAAGGACUCCCUGGGAGCACGAGGGGGCUAUUGAUUUAAUUCCCUGAGCUCCUGCUACCAGAAAACAAACCUUGCCUGUGAACCUUGCCACAGCGGCGAUGCCAUGGGUCAAUGAUUUAUAUUAUGUACACCGAUGACGGUUCAUAGCACUGAUGUUGUAGGACAGCUUUUGGGGAGAUUAAUGACACCAGCUAUUCAUACAGCAUGUGUCGGGCCAAAUGGGACGAACAGACUUUCCGAGAAAGUUCUGAACAGUGUAUUGGAAUUGGCCGCGGGCCAAGAUUUACAUCAUCUGGACUGACUCUGGACCUAUCUCCAGGGAUAGUGCUAUUUGGAAAAUCUUUCUCUUAGAAAGCAAAUUCAAACCUGAUGGAUUUCUAGAAACCGCCUUUGCAACACUGGUUUCUGAUAAAUGGUGCUUAUCAGUGCUAAAAAGAAAAAAGUACUGUGUUUAUAUGUAAGAUUAACAUUUUGUCUGUUGUCUUUUUUGCAAUCCUGGUUGUGUACGUGGUUCUUAUUUUGUGUAUUCAUAAAGUAUUAUGACAUUAAAAACUU